AUGCUCCAGCAAUGCCAAGCUUUCUGCCAUUGUGAGAGAGAUCAGGUUGAUGCUUGCACCAGAAUCCACCAAGGCAUUGUCAAGCUCAAGAUGCCCAAGUGUGCAAGGGAGAGUGAAUUUCCCUUGAUCCUUCACCUUUGGCGGACUGAUGAGGUCAACUGGCUGGUAAGGAUCAAGCAAAAUCGGCUUGAGGACAGAUGA